UGCCCACACGCCCCGAUCCUUGGAGGAGUGAAUGCGACGAGUGUGACCUGUCCCUGCCCUGCAGACGCCACGGCAUCCUACCCUGUGUUCUUCAUCGACAUCUUUAGAAUGACCGUAUCACGCCAACCUGACGAAAGAACGUCUUCGGGAAUUUGCUGAGACUUGAAACGUCAAGUUGAAAUGCGGAAUUGGUGAGUGGGAAUGUCAACAAGAAUAAGCUCAUUUCCUGAUGGCUUUUUGUGGACACUGACAUACUGUUUGUGAUGGCAUCCGAGACUGAGAAAACCCAGGCUUUACUGCAGUCUUGCAGCACUGAAUCUCUUCUUUCCAGCCUCGGCCUGGGGAUAUUCUGCCUUGUGGCUGACAAACUCCUUCAGUUUCCCACAGUUCAGCAGAACGACUGGCUUCGCGCACUCUCCGACAACGCGGUGCACGGCGUGAUUGGCAUGUGGUCCUGGGCAGUCGUCAUCGGAGUCAAGAAGAAGACUGACUUGAGAGAAAUCUUCUUAGCUGGAUUUUUAGCCUCUGUUAUUGAUGUAGACCACUUUCUUCUAGCUCAAUCCCUAUCUUUAAAGGCUGCUUUGACUCUUCCUCGAAGGCCCUUCCUUCACUGUUCCACUGUGAUACCCGCCGUGGUUCUCACCCUGAAGCUUAUCAUGCACCUCUUCAAGCUCAAAGACUCGUGGUGCUUUCUUCCCUGGAUGGUCUUUAUAUCCUGGACCUCACACCACAUCCGAGACGGCAUCCGGCACGGCUUGUGGCUGUGCCCGUUUGGGAAAACUCCUCCCUUGCCGUUCUGGCUGUACGUAGUGAGCACAGCGUCUUUACCUCACAUCUGCUCGUUGGUCAUGUACUUAACCGGGACCAGACAAGUGAUGUCCUCCAAACACGGGAUUCGGAUCGAUGUCUGAGCCAACCAUGUGGCAGCCCCAGCGGAGCAAGCGGUUCGGACAGUGAUAAUGAAGGGUAGCCAGCAUUAAAGUGGAUUUUAGAAAACAUAGUAGGACAGCUUAUAAAUCAUUCCAUGUUGAUGAGGAUUCUUAGUCUGAAGCUCUCCUGAGAAAAGCUGUUUGCCACUUCUCUUCACAACGCUUACUGUAUUUGUAAUGUCUGUUUCAUGGGACACAAGACAUGCUGACUUUUUCAUUCUAAUGAACUCCAGAUGUGGUAAGGGGCUGGUUUUGAUGUAGUUUUGUUAUGAAUUUACAGAUAUUAUUUUGUUAUU